GUAGUAAACGACAUUUUUUUUUGCUCGGAUUGAUAGUGUUGUAAAGUAUAGUGUUGGCGUGCGGUGUGAUACAGUUGUGGCGACUCGUUUCGGCUCUAUGCCACUGAUGAUGACUGUCCCGUCCCGUCGUCUCACACAACUAUACAUCAGCUUUGGGUGCAGUUGAAGUUCAGGUUGGUUGAUAAUAGACGUAAAGCUUUAUCAUAAUUGGCAGUGAAAAACUGUUUCAGCUGAACCUUUUUCUUCUUGGUCGGAUUGCUGCGAUUGUGUUGUGUGGGGCAUCCAUUUCAUUCAGCAAGUAGCAAGCAGCAGCAGCAGCAGCAGCAGAUCACAACAGCAACAGCAGCAGCAGCAGAAACAACAACAACUAGUAACCGCAGUGCCCAGCAAAAGGGGAAUCAAAAACUGUAAGCGAAACGACGAAAGACGACGACGACUACUGUGAUGUGAUGUGGUUGGUGACUGUGAAAGGGGAAAAAUGGUAACGCAAGAAAAAAUGUCAAAAAGUGUUUUCCUUUUCGUUGUGACGACGAUGUUCAUCGGUUCGGAGUAGGUAGGUAGGUGAAAAUCACGGUGCCAGGAUUCGAAUCCAGGACGGACACUUUCCGGACACUAUGGUGGUCCGAGAAAUACUUUGAAGGUUCCAGUGAUCAGUCAGUCGGCUGGUACGAAGACGAGUGAGUGAGUGAGUGGGUGGUGGAAAUGACAAGAAGUUAUUCCGGUGGGGCGUACCUACAUAGAAACUUGAAAACUUUUUUCCGAUAAAACCAGAGACGGUGAAUAUUGCUAGAAGUUAUCGUCACCGAAAAAAAGCUGCCAUAAUAAGAUUUUUCUCUAGAUCUGGAUGAGUGUAAAACUGGAAGGGGAAAAAUGGUUGAUGAUGUGAGGUUGAAGUGUUCGGAAAAAAGCUAAAAAAUCGUAGACUGUUCGGACGUCGAAACGGUGUGGGGGAAUAAAAUUAGUGUCUCGCAGAGUGAAGAAAUUAGGCAUAUUCUUUCACGAAAAAAGUGCGAUUGAUAUUUCAAAAGAUAAGUGCAAGUGAUAGCGACAGUGUGAAGAGAAACAAAAAUUCACUUCGUUUAAAGUUUGUGCACAAAGACGGACGGAAAAAAAAGUAAGCAAUAAACUUGCUACGUAUUAGAUAAUUCGAGGAAGUUUCAACGCUGGAAUUGCUGCUGGCUCUAGGCUAGACACUCGGAUAGGAUGGGCCAUCAUCGUCGGCAUCUGCCGAAGCAACACCAGCCCAAUGUACUGGGGCACCUGGUGAGCCGUCAGCUCGGGGACAACGUUCAGAACUUUCACAACAAUCUGUUCCACGAGCGACUCCGGAUCGCCAAGAACCUCUACAAGAAGGAUCUGGUUUCGCACUACGGCUGUGUCAAUGCAAUCGAGUUCAGCCAGGAGGGCGAGCUGCUGGUUUCGGGCGGAGACGAUCGGCGCGUUCUGCUAUGGCACGUCGACAAAUCCAUUCUGGAAAAGGAAUCCCCGGUAUCGAUGCAGAAGCAACAUCUGAGCAACAUUUUCUGCCUAGGGAUGGACUCGCGCAACACGCGCAUCUUCUCCGGCGGCAACGAUGACGUCGUCAUCGUACACGAUAUUCAGACUCGCGAAUCGGUGGACGUCUUUUUGCACAGCAAACCGGUGUACGGUUUGUCGAUCGAUCCCUCCAACGAUGACCUGUUCGCGACGGCCGGCGAGGACGGUAAGAUACUGAUCUUCGACAUGCGGGACAGUUCGGAUGUGAUGUGCGUCUCGCGGUGCCGUUCGCCGUAUCAUGCCGUGAUGCAUCAUCCGUACGAUGCGGGUUUUAUUGUGACCGCCAACGCGAAGGAGGGCGCAGCCCUGUGGGAUUUGCGCGCUCCGAAGAUGCCCACCAUCCGGUAUGGAGGCCAGAACGCAGCCCAGAGCUGUAUGAGCGUUCGGUUUAACAGUUUGGGAACGCAGGUGUUGGCGCUGAGACGGCGCCUGCCGCCGAUUCUGUUUUCGACGGCUUCGCCGGAACCGGUUUGCCAGUUCUAUCACCCGGAUUACUAUAAUUCCUGUACGAUGAAAAGCUGCUGCUUUGCCGGGGAGCGCGAUCAGUUUGUACUGUCCGGAUCGGACGAUUUCAAUCUGUACGUUUGGCGCGUAACGGAUGCCGACGUGAACGAUACCGAUCAGUGGGUGGAUCGGAAUCAGAUGGUCCUGUACGGGCAUCGGUCGAUUGUGAAUCAGGUGCGGUACAAUCCGCAGAAGUGUGUGAUUGCUUCGUCCGGGGUGGAAAAGAUCGUUAAGCUGUGGACUCCGUUCGAGCUGGAUUCGUGGCGCGGUAGUCUGGUUGAGGAGGCUACGGGACCGGAAAAUCCCCGGGAAGUGUUCACUAAUGAGGAGUAUAUUUCACUGAAUAUGACACACGAUUAUAGUCAUCAGUCGACGACGGAGGAUCCUCGGAUGAUGGCUUUCUUUGACUAUCUAGUUCAGCAGGAGAUUGAAGGGUGGAACAGUGAAACUUCGGAUCAAAGUUCGGAGCACAGCUCCGACGAGAACGAGUCCUCUCGUCCGGACACAACGCAAACUUCCGACACGGAGUCGGUUCAGAAUUACAUCCCGAUGCGUGGCCAGCAACCGGCUCGCCGGGGAGACGUGACUCAGCGCACUAAGUAUCGCAAUCGAAUUGCCUAUCUAAUCGCUACGAAACGUAACCGUUUGAAGCGACUAGCGUUGAAAACCGCCGCCAAUGCUCGGGCCACCAACAGACGCACCAUAACGAAGGCUAAGUACGGACUGCGCAAUCAGCCAAAGCGUCCGGGUUUGGGAGCUCUUCGGACCAGCCGAAAAGGUAUCGGGAAGCGGAAUCGCCGGCUCAGUACCAGCAAAUACAACAAGCGCUGUCCGGUUUCGCACGAACAGACCAGCGAUUCGGAGGUGUCAAAGUCGACGAAGAAACGUCGCAUGCAGACCACCAAUCUGAACCUGGCCGUCUACCGGACGUACCGGCGGAAAUCGAAGGGAACACCGUCUUCUUCCAACACUAGCACACGGGUAGAGGAAUCCAGCUCGGAUGACGACGACGACGGAGGUAACGACAGUAGCGAACAGGCGCAGCAACCUUCGGCCGCGAAAAAGCUCAAACUAAGUGAGGACAGUUUGGCCAAUAUGCCGUCGACUUCGCGCGGUUUUCCGAGCAGUUUUGGACUGGGUGGCGCCAGUGGUGGUGGUGGUGUUACUGCCGGAGGCAGCAGCAGUAGCAGUUGCUACAACAACGGAGCCGGUCCGAGUGGGUUGUGCAAUGCGGUACGAACGAGAGGUACGGCCAAUGCCGCCGCUGGCGGAAGUGGUAGCAGCAGUACCUACGUCAGUAUGGAUACCCCUAGCACCAGCACUGGAUUGACCGGUAAUGGAAGAAAUUUGCUGUUCCACAUAGCAUCGACUACCAACGACGAUGACGACGAUUCGGACGAUGAUCCUUCGAUCCCGGAGCACCCGGCAUCGCCGGACAAUCUACUACGUGUCAUAACGUCCCCAAUCAACCAUUUCGAGCUUCCACCAAACUCGAGUGAACUGUUAGCGGUAGAUCAUAACGAUAACAACAUUCUAGACCACAGCAACAACAACAGUAGUUACGUGAAUCACAACAAUAACACUAAUAAUAAUAACAACAACAUCAACAACAACACUAGCAGUAGAAUUGGCCACCUCAACAACAGCAAUGCAAUCGCCAAUGGGAGUCAGAAGCGAACAACGGCGGGCACAGCAGCUGCUGCAGCAGCAGCAGCCACCACCGCCGCGGACAAUAAUAAUGAGUCAUCCUCGUCGUACAAUCAGGUGUACGAUCAUACCUACUCGAGUCGGUCCAAUUCGAGACUAUCGAGCAGCUACGAUUACGAUUGUUCCUCUAGCAACGACAGCUUCGUUGACUACUUUAACAACAAGAAGAAGCUCAUGGCGGCCGCCGCCGGCGGCGGGGACCAUCAGCUGCAAGCGGGCUGUUCCAGCACAUCGCUUAACGGAUCGAUACGCAAACCGGACUACAGUCGGGAGCUGUUGAACUACACACCGGACAGCGGCAUCGCUACCGGUCCGUGCAGUUCCGUAUCCACCAACGGUGGAGUUCCUUCCACCAUCAAAUCCCAUCUUACCCCGCUGGGUGGGAGCACCCCAGGCGGCGGCAGCAAUGGUAACUAUCUGGAACCGACACCCGGUACCAGUGGUGGUUCGCUGACGACUACCAACAAUGGCAACAAUGGAAUUGAUCUUGGGUCGAAACUAUUUCAGCAGAAGGUGGCCCGAGUGCGGAAAAACUAUCGCAAACACUUCUGUGAUGAUUCGGAUAGCGAAUGAAAGUGCACAGCCUAUCUGGACGCCUAUUUGUGUUGAUGUGUUGUAAUGUAGAGUUCAACUUCCAUGCAAGUUUCCCCUUGGAGAAAGCGCAUUAUUCCUAGUAUGUACACUACCAGUCAGUGGCUCCGUCGUCUCCGUCGUCGUGUUGCCGGUAGUGCAAGUUUUGAGCGCCAUAGCUGCUGAUCCGUUUGAGAUCAUCAUCGAUUCGAUGGAGGAAGAAAAAUUUGCUUCGGCUCUGCUCUGCUCGGCCGUAUGCUAUUUGGUAUGAUUUUAAUCAAAGUUUCAUUUGUGGCAAGUCUGUCUGCGAUAUAAAUGUUUGAUGUAGAAAGAAAAACAAACAAAAAAAAAACCCUAAAAUAAGAUUCGAACUAAUUCGAGAAUAAAAUUCUUAAACAAGUGUGUCAAUAAAGCAUUUUUUUACUUUGAUUUGAUAACUGAAAUAGAGAGAGACUGGCAGAAAACGCCCGGGUCAGCGAAUAGAAUAUCAGCGGAAACGGCGUUGUUGUGUUAGUUGAUAGUCCUAUUAUGAUUAUAAUUAUAAUUACUAUUAUUACUAUAUUACCUAACGUAAUUGUCGUAGAGUUUAAGGACCUACCGAGGAAGCAAUCCAAGCAACCACACAGGAAACCAUAAGCACAUAAUAGUCUGACUGAACCGGCCGUCUAGCUGACAAGGCAGAAAAAAUGAAACGAAAAAAUCUCAGUAGGCGGUCGGUAAUUACCGAACACAAACAAACUCUUGCAACUACUCACGCAGCAGCAUAACCUGGAAACUAGAACCGACGGAAAUACUUGAAAUACUUGAUACUAAACCAGAACUGCUAGGAUGAAAGCGAAAACAAAAGUGAUUUGCUAAUCAUAUUGAAACUAAAAACUAGUAAACUAGUAACUGUAUAUUGAAAGUGACUAACUAAACCGCUAGAAACCGCUCUAGGCUAUAACACAGUUCAUCAUCAUCAGUUGUAAUCAAACUUUAUACAUGUUCGAGUGCGAGUAUCGUCCUGUACGGUAAACGUAAGCAGUUUAUAAAACCCCACGGAUAAGAAAAAAAAAAAAAACGGAAUCGGUCAUCGGUGUGUGUAUCGUACAAGCAAAUGUGAGCGAAAAAAAAUGCAAACAAACAAACAAACAAACAAACAAACCACACUCACAGAGGGCCUCCAAAAUGGAGAAAAACAAAACC